GAUUUCGGCUCUUUUGUUUCCUUUUCGAUUUGUUGCUCAAUUUUUCAAAUAGCAUUGUGUUUAACUGUUCAAAUCAUUAAUUGAUUUUUAUUUUUUACUGGUGCAAAACAGUAGUAUAUAUCUAUCAAUUUAUUAUAAAAAGUCUGAUCUGACAUGGCUGAAAUCAAACAAGAAACGCCUGUCGAACAGAUAGUAGAGACUAACACCGAUGAUCAAUCUGCAACAAACAAUAAAUCAUCGGCCGAAGUGAAAGAUAACAAUGCCGUUGAAGAUAAAAAAGAUGAUGCUAAAAAUGCCAGCACAAAUUCCAAUGCUAAUGGUGGUGAAUUGCAAGUAUCAAAAUUGUUUGUGGGUCGUUUGCCUUCCGGAACCAAAGAGAAUCAAUUGAAAGAGUUAUUUUCCACAUAUGGUCAAGUGACCCAUUGUGAUAUUGUCGGCAAAUAUGGCUUUGUGCACAUGAAAGACAAAGAAGAAGCUCGUGUGGCUAUGGAAAAAUUGAACAAUCAUAAUUUCAAUGGAUCAACCAUUUCUGUGCAGCUUUCUACUUCGACGGCCAAGAAAAGCAAGAGGAAACAAAAUCGAAAGAAAAAUUUCAGCAGUAAUCGUAAUAACCAAAAUGGAAACAACAAGCAGAAACAAAACAACAACAUGAAUAACAAAAAUCAGAAUAAUCGAAGAAACCAAAAUAAUAAUCGUUAUUCGAAUGGGAAUAAUCAAAUGAACAACAAUAAUCGUAUGCGUAAUCGUAACAGUGGUCGUUUUAAUCGUCCAAUGCGGAAUUAUUCGAUGAUGCCACCAGAACCGCCAAUGCAUCACUAUGGGCCACCACCACCACCAAUGAAUCAAUACCAAUCUUACCCACCACCACCACCACCACCUCAUCAUCAAUCACCGAUUAAUUAUUCAUCCUACUAUACACAGACUCCACCUGCCCCACAAGCUCCUAUGGGCAGCGGUGGUUUAGGAAAUGGUGGCCACUUACCAUCACCUAUGCCUCCUUCUCGUGAUAUGUACUAUGAUAAUAGACAAGCUAUGGGUGGUACUGGUAGUGGUCUUUACAACACUGGUCCAAUUGGAUCAAACGUACAACCAAUGUAUCAAUCACCAACACAGAAUUAUAGCCAAUAUAAUCAGAAUCGUAAUCAGAUGAAAAGUGGACUACAGCGUGGUGGUGCUACCGUUGGCAGUCCAAUGCCACCACAGCAACCACAAAUGUAUGGUAGCCCUCAAAUGGCUCCUCAGGUUGGUGGUUAUGGAUCUUAUGGUGGUGGUGUUGCCGGUGCUGGCCCAAUGAAUAACCCGAACAAAUAUGUCGGUUAUUAUUAAGUUCUAACAGUUUGUAUGUAUGUGUGUGCUAUCGAAUCUUCUAAUGACCUAUUAAUUUUUUAAUUUAUUCUACGACCACAACCACAUUCUCAUUUUAUAACAUUAUUAAUUCUUCAUGCAUUCAUUAUAUACGGACGAAUAUGAGUGAAGACUUUAGACAUUACAUUUGAAUGCUAUUUUUUUCUUGGAUUUAAAUGGUCACAAACACUUUGAUGAAGAAAGAAAAUCUCAUCGUCCUGUUCUUUUUUCGUUUAUCAAUUUUUCCUGUUAAUGAUGAUCAAGAAUUCUCACCAGUUCUUGAUUCACACAAUAACACACUUAAGGAAUUUAUAUUAGCAAAAUUACACAAGAAUAUUCUGAUUUUUAACUUAAUCGAAUAUUUUAAAAAUUUACAUGAAGAAAGUCAAGUCAAAAUCAAAGCUCAUUUAAUUUGUCACUUUCGUAUCAAUAUUAUCUCUCAUCUAUGGAUCAUUAUUAAUUUUUGUUUUCAUUCUCCAGAAUGCCGAAAAUUAUGGAGGAAGAAGUAUCAAUUACCUUUGAUUUAUAAAAAAUUAAUCAAUCCGAUUAAUUUUUUAUCGCUUCGGAUAUAUUCACUUCCCCUCCAUUAUUUCUUUAAAUUUGAUUCGAUUUGAUCACAUCUACAUUUGAACUUAAAGUUUAACCUCUACUAUUCUCCUUUUCUUUUUCCCUAUUCAAUGAUUAAUGAUAAGAAAUUUUCUCUCUCUAUCAUUUGUAAUUAACGGCAAACAUUUAAAGUAUUCUAGCUUAUAUUCUAAUGAUCCAUGAUGUAUGUUUGAUUCUUUCAUAUAUUCUUAAAUAUAAUAAAAGAGAUUUUCGAAAUGAA